AUGGCUGGUGCACUUGUUGGUGGAGCUUUCCUCUCUGGCUUCAUUAACGUUGUCUUUGACAGGCUCCUUACAACUGAUGCUGUCAACUUGGUCUUGAGCAAGAAACUUGGUCCUGACUUGGUUGAAAGGCUGAAGACUGCUCUGUUGGGUGCUGAAGGACUUGUUGAUGAUGCUGAGAUGAAGCAGUUCAGUAAUCCAUCUGUGAGGAAGUGGCUCGAUAGUCUCCGCGAUGUUGUUUACUGUGCUGAGGACUUGCUGGAUGCUGUCCUCCUCAAAUCCACCACUCAAAAAAAUGCAAGUUCUUCCUGGUCCCUUAGCUUCUUCAGCAACCGAGAUAGAGAUGACAUAGUAGACAAGAUGGAAUGGGUGGUUAGAAGAAUUGAGAAUCUUAGAAAACAAAAAGAUUUCCUUGGUCUUGAAAAGAUUCCCACUGGUAGCUCAUCAUGGAGGACUCCAACCAAUUCUCUUGUGAGAGGGAAUGUGUAUGGCAGGGAGGAUGACAAGAAGGCCUUAAUCAAGAUGCUGAAUGACAACAAUGAGCAUCACCUGUCUGUGAUAGCUAUUGUUGGCAUAGGUGGGGUUGGUAAAACAACUUUAGCCCAAUGGCUGUACAACAAUCAGGAGGAGUUCAUGAAGGGAUUUGAUCUGAAAGCAUGGGUUUACGUUUCAGACAAGUUUGAAGUUGUUGAGACUACAAGGAAUGUCAUAAAGCAGCUCCAUGGAGGUACUUGUAGUAUCGAUGAUUUCAAUUCACUUCAAAAUGCUUUGAAAGAUGAAUUGUCCAAUAAGAAGUUCUUUCUUGUUCAUGAUGAUGUUUGGAGUGAUGAUGGUGACAAAUGGAGUAAUUUUAUGACCCCUUUCCAAUAUGGGAAGAAAGGUAGUAUUGUUCUUCUGACUACUCGCGGGAAAAAUGUUGCUCUAGCAGUUCAGAACUGUCGCCCUUAUUUUCUGAAAGGGUUGUCAGAAGACUAUUGUUGGUCAGUGUUUGCUAACAAUGCAUCUUUUUCAGAAUCAAAUGGGAGUGUAGCACUUGAAGAAAUAGGCAGAAAGAUUGUCAAGAAGUGUGAUGGCUUGCCAUUAGCUGCAGAAACACUUGGUUGCUUGUUACGUACAAAGCAUGAUGUUGAGGAAUAUUCCCUUUUUGCCCGAAAUUCCUCCUCCUUUAAUCAUUGA